CAACAUCCUCCGAACCAAUUCCUGGAAAGUAAUUGGGGCAACAAGAUAAUGUUAUCGUCAGUUUCAAGUGCAAAACUUGCCACGUGGAACAGCGGUAACAUGAUAUCUCAAAUAUGGACCUCUCACCCGGUCAAGCUUCCACCACCACCACCACCACUAUAUUCUAAAAUAAAGUGAGGAACAAGAACAGACGCACCUUAACAAAACCAAUAUUCUAUAUCUCUCUCUCUCUCUCUCAUUUCAGAUUAGAAGAGAACUGCGUAAAAGGAAAAAGCUUCAAUCAAAUUUGACAGAGAAGAGCCCAAGAGAGAAUCAAAUGGCUUCAACUUCUGCAAUUUCAAUGGCUAUGCCAAUUACUAAUGCGGCACAGAAGAGAGCGAGGAGGGCCGAAGCCUUUGCCAAACCAUUGCCUUUGAGACCUUCCAACAAGCCAAGUGGCUCCUCAAGCUCCAGCGCCAAGUUCCAAGUGCGGGCUUCUUUGAAGGAGAAGGCUGUCGCUGGACUGGCUGCAACGGCACUCACAGCUUCCAUGGUCCUUCCUGAAGUGGCUGAAGCUGCUGGCUCUGGAGUUAGUCCCUCUCUCAAGAAUUUCUUGCUCAGCAUUGCCGCCGGUGGAGUAGUCGUCACUGCUAUCUUGGGUGCAGUUAUUGGCGUCGCCAAUUUCGAUCCCGUCAAGCGGACCUGAGCUGCGGAGGAUCACAUUCCACCAAUUAUGUUAUCAUUUCCAUUCAUGAUGUUCCAUUCUCCUGUAGUGGUAGUUUCUGUGUUUUGUGUGUAAUAAUCAAUAUGCGGCUCCUGCUGUAAAUUCAUCAGAAACUAUGAUAUAUUCAAUAUAAAGUUUCUAUUUGGCUCAAAAGUCAUUUGGUUUGGAUCA